AUGGCUCCCCGGGGGCCCGCGAAGGCCCGCGAUUAUGAUUACGCCAAUGUUGGAAAAGCCGGAAGGCGCACGGGUAUAACCUUGAAGGAAGGAAGACGCGAUGAAUUUGGCAUGGAGGAAGUUGAUGGCAUAUUCUCUUCUCCUGAAAACUCCCCCGUAAGAGAGCACGGAUUGGACGUCCCGAAUGAAGCGUCGAGCGGCUCAGAUGGCAUGUCCAUGGAUGAGGGAACUGGCCCUGGUCCUGCAGACUAUUUAAACAGCAGACGUGGUUCUUAUAUUCCUCCCCCAAUCGCACGAUCACCUAUGAAAACCGGACUCACUGGCUCCCCGCGACGAACUCCCGGUCUGCGGUCUUCUCAAAGUCCGCAGCGCAACCACCCCUCCUCAAGUCCUUCCGAUGGGAAAGGGCUGGGAGUUUCCAGAAGCGAGUCCUGGCGCGAUGUAUCUCCUCUGACUAAUCGUCCCGUGAAUGCGACACCGUCUAUGAGCCACCUGCACAGCGCGCGCGUUAGCAAGAAGACUGAAAUUGCUGCCCCGCAAUUCGUAAAUCAAGACUACUCUGACAGUGCGGCCAGCAUUCACCUCAGUGGGAACGAAAAUAGGGAUGCUAUUGCACAAGAACAUGACGCGGUGGAUAGUAUCCAUGCCGAUGAUAACGUCCUAAUGCAAGACCAUACAGAUGUUUUAAGUUUGGAUGAAGCACAUCCCGAACCCCCUUUCAUUGUGGCUCCUAAAACACGUGCGAAAGGCCGGCCCAAGGCAUCAUUGACGACAAAUGUGGAUGGCGCAAGACAGAAAAUGCUAAUCCCGGACACAAAUGACCUGUCUGAUACAGCACUACCAGAUGUCACACAAAAGCGCAAACGCCCUGGCAGACCUCCGAAGCCUCAGCACGACACUAUUAAUGACAAAACCGGACAGAGACCGACCAAGAAACCUAGGGUGAAAGCUCAGACUGAUCGGCGGUCAGACUCAUCUGGUGACGCACAGUUGGAUAGAGUGGUGGAAAACUAUAUCAACCGCACAGGGCCAUUGAAAGGUCGAAGCUUGUAUGUUUUAAAGCGUGAAGCGCCUUCGGAUGGCACUGCCACGCACACCAGAUCGGGCCGUGUCUCGGUAAGACCUCUCGCUUAUUGGAGAAAUGAACGGUGUGUUUAUGGCGACGGAGAGGCUGUAGAAGGCCAAAGAUUUCCACUGUCGACCAUUAAGGAGAUCAUCCGCACAGAAGAACUUGAGCCAGAGAAGCCACAGUCGAGCAAACGCCGUUCCUCGAAAAGGUCUCAAGCAAAACCAAGUAGAGAUGACGACUCUGAUGAGGAUGCGGCCUUCCUGGAUCCAUGGGAGAAGAAAGGCGGAAUUUUGCAUGGCUAUGUCAGGAUGUGGGAUUCAGAGUCUCAGACAGCAGGAGAGUCGGAUAUCGUUGUAGAUCUCGCAUAUGCUCCUUCUGGAAUGGAGACGAAAAGUGUCAAGGACUCGUCAUGGCGAUUUGCUAAACUCAUCAGCUCCCCCUUCAUGGGUUCUGGCAUUGUUGAAUUGCCGCCUGGAGGAGUAAAGAAGCCCAAAAACUCUAAGAGGAUGCACAUGGUCUUCUACAUCUGCAAUGGACGCGUGCAGGUAGAUGUGUCAGGGGUCCGUUUCAGUGCAGGCAAAGGCUGUGUAUUCCAAGUCCCCAGAGGCAACUAUUACAGCUUCGCGAAUACGCAUAACAAGGAUGCACGGUUAUUUUUCACACAAGGCUGUUUGCCUGAGAAUGAUGACUCUGCUCCAGGCUCUGCGACAAAGGCAGGUAUCAUGGAAGCUGACUCUAGCACGCCGACAGGGCGCCCCACCACUAUUGGGAAAGGUAGACCCAGGGGCAAACAGAAAAGUGGGCCCGGACGUAAAGCGACAUGA